CAGAACCACAGCAGUGAUCAGCCAUGUCUCCUCUCAGCUCCUUCCUGCUCAUGACCUGUCUGUCCAUUUGGUCCAUGCCUCCUGCAGAGGGCUUCCACCUGCCGCGCUGUCAGCUGGUGAACCAGACGGUGUCCCUAGAGAAGGAGGGCUGUCCUCGCUGUCACACUGUUGAGACCACCAUCUGCAGGGGACACUGUCCCACAAAGGACCCUGUGGUCAAUCUCCCAUUGGGCCACAUGUACCAGGACGUGUGCACAUACCGGAAGUUUGAAUACCGCAAGCUGGAGCUGUCAGACUGCCCCCUGGGGGUGGACCCGGUAGUGCAGUACCUGGUGGCCCUGAGCUGUCACUGCGACCGCUGCUCCAUGGACACAUCAGACUGCACCUUUGAAAGCCUCCCGCCCGACUUCUGCACGAACGACAUCCCCUUCUACUACUGA